AUGUAUCUCCUCACCUCACGAGCAACGAGGCUCGUCGUCUCGCUAGUGGCCUGCGUAUUCGUCUCCUCGGCGGUCGUUGCAGCACAGCCUACUAGCAGGAGUAUACAAGCAACAUACUCGGAACUGGUCGUCAGUCUGCCCGAGUGCGAGGCAACAUGCUUCACCGCGGCCGUGGCCAACUCGACCUGCACGACGUCCGAUAUGACAUGCAUAUGCUCCAGCACCAACCAAGCUGCUAUUAUCGACUACAUGAGGGAGUGCGGCAAUCCGAAUUGCACAGUGGAUGAGAGCCUACGAGGGGAACAAUACGUCAAAGUGGCAUGCGGAGCCACGCAACACGAUGAGGCGAGUCACCUGCGGUCCAUCUCUUGGACCCUCUACGCCGUCGCCCUCGCGUGCUUUGGAAGUCGUAUGAUCGCACGAACGUCACGAUUUGGCGGCAUAUUCUGGUAUGAUGAUUGGUUCAUCGUCGCCUCCUUCGCCGUUCUUACUGCUGUGUCCAUUGGCGCCGAGCUCAUGUUUGACUUUGGCAUGGGCCGAGAUAUCUGGCAACUCGACAGCACUCGUGUCACCAUCGUGCUGAUUCUUUUCUACGUCGCCGAAUUCGCCUACGUUAUCGAGAGCGCCCUUACCAAGACGUCGAUUGUGGUUCUAUACCUGCGCAUCUUUCCAUCCAGAGGGUUUCGGGUGGCAUGUCUCUCCAUGCUGGCCUUUAUCGUCUGUUUCGCACUCGCGUUUAUCAUCACGCUCUUGACCUACUGCGUGCCAUUCACCUAUGUCUGGACAAUGUGGGACCACAGGCACAGCGGAACAUGCAUCAACAUGACCGCUCAAACAUAUGUCUGUGCCUCCCUGAACAUCAUCAUGGACGUGACUAUCUUCCUCAUGCCCAUUCCUAAAUUAAUCAAACUCGAAACCGACUGGAAGACCAAGAUCGGCGUCAUCUUCACCUUCCUCCUCGGCCUCUUCGUCACCGUCUGCUCCAUCAUCCGCCUCAAGUACCUCGCCGGCUGGGCCUCCUCGACCAACCAGACCUACGACUACGCGGCCCUGGCCCUCUGGUCCCUCAUCGAGCUCAACGCAGGCGUCAUCUGCGCCUGUCUGCCGGGCAUGGCCUCCCUCUUCCGCCGGAUCAAGAAGUCCCACGACGACAAGAAAAGGAGCCAGUCCUACGGCAAUUCGUACGGCAACAACAGCAGCGCCAGCAAGGGCGGCUCGCGCAUGCUCAACAGCGGACUCAGGACCUACGGCGGGAGCGGCGGCGGCGGCCCGGGCGACAUCAUGAAGACGACGAGCGUGAGCGUGCAGUACAAGCAGAGGGCUGACGAUGAGCUCAGUGACGAGGUGGAGCUGAUGGACCAGGGCGUGCCGGAUGCGCUGAGGAUGAACAGGAUUGACAGGUGA